UGGGGUUCAGAUGGCACUGGACCUGUUAGAGACCAGGUUCUGGGCUACAGCUAAGCAGCCCAAUGACACAGACUGCUCUAAUACAGAGGGCAUCUGUCCUCUGACAUGUGAAGCCAUGGACCUGGCCUGCUACCUCAUCGACAGCAAUGCUUUCAUAAUCAUCUCCAAAGAAAAAAGCCAUGUGGGGAGGUUCUUUGGAGAAGUUGACGGCUCAGUGAUGGCACGCCUUAUCAAGAUGGCCAUGUUCAAAAGGGUAUCUCUGUACGACUAUCAGGCCAUGUGUAAGAUGGGAGGACAUUCUGCCAGCAGCGUGUGUGUCAGACCCCUUCUUAGUCCCUUCUAUGGUCUGGCGGCUGCUCUAAAGUGGUUCCUCACCAACUUCCUACUGUUUCUACUGGAGUUCAACAUCUGUGGUCUCUGGCACUCUGACCGCUUUGCUGAAGCCAAGCCUGGCUUCAAAGCGUCGGCCCAGAAGAAGAAGGGAGACAUCCUGCAGCCGUGUGACACAGAGUACCCCAGCUUUGUCUACGAGCCCUCCAUCAAGGAGACCAACAGCCUCAUUAAGUGUGGACGCUGUCAGAAGAUGUUUGUAACCCAGGCUGUCCCAGACAGUAACCUGCUGAUGUUGGUGGUACAGGCAGACUGUGACUGUUCCCGUCAGUACCCUGCUAUCACCAUGGAACCCAAGGAAGUGAAAUAUAACGCCUCAGUAAAGUGUGACAGGAUGAAAUCUCAGAAGGUCCGUAGGAGACCCGAGUCCUGCCACGCCUAUCACCCUCAGGAAAACGCCAAGGAGUGUGGAGAUGCAUCGCAGAUCUACCUGUCUGUCUCUCUCUUCCUCACCUGUCUCACUGCCUCCUUCACCUGUCUCAAGGCCUCCACGCUGGUCUUCCGAUGACAGACAGACAGCUACCUAGCCUAAACCCCCCCCCCUCUGGAAAUCUCUCUAGAAUGUUCCAGAAUGCCUGAUCUUAGCAUGCCUGCUACUGCUUGCGUUAACUUUAUCAAUCAAUAUGACUAUAUAGCUAAAAUUAUGAUAUUGAUCAUUUGGACUGAUGGACUGAGGGGAAUAAGCUGUUGACUGACUCCAUGCUUGAUGACUUUACAAUCACAGAGAGAUGUUGACUUCAUGUUUGAUG